AUGUCGAGCGGUGACGAAGUGGCGCCCUUCUUCGGGUUCAUGGGCGCCUCGAGCGCGUUGGUGUUCUCGUGCAUGGGCGCCGCGUACGGAACCGCAAAGUCCGGCGUCGGCAUCGCCUCCAUGGGGGUCAUGCGACCCGAGUUGGUGAUGAAGUCGAUCCUCCCGGUGGUGUUCUCUGGUAUUCUCGGAAUCUACGGGUUAAUCAUCGCGGUCGUGAUCUCGUCGGGGAUAAACCCGAAGUCGUACACCCUGUUCCAAGGAUACGCGCACUUGGGGAGCGGCCUGGCGUGCGGUUUGAGUGGAUUGAGCGCGGGCAUGUGCAUCGGCAUCGUCGGCGACGCGGGGGUCCGGGCGAACGCGCAACAGCCGAAACUCUUCGUCGGGUUGGUCUUGAUCCUCAUCUUCGCCGAGGCUUUGGCCCUGUACGGGAUGAUCGUGGGGAUCAUCCUGAGCUCCAGCGCGUCGGGGGCGGCGUAG